CUUCACUGAGAGUGAGAGAUGUCCUUCCGACUCCUGAACUUCAAUCCAAUGGUAACAAAUGUGACACUGAUCAUCACCUCGCUGCUCCAAACAAAUUAUUAGUCCUUCCUCAUUUCUCAAACUAUCAACUUGGUCAAAUAUUGCAGAGGUUACAACUAAAACGGAAAAUGGGUGAUGAGAGAAGGGAGGACAUAAUGCCAGUGGAGCUAGCAAUCAAACGGGAGCUGUCAUAUCAGAGGAAGACUGGUAUCGAUCCAUUUCUGGUACAGGCUUCAAGUUCAAGUUUGAGUCCAAGUCCAAGGCUUAAUAGAAGUCCAAGUCCUGGACUAUCAGGAUUGAAGCAGCUUGAACCAACUAGCAGCAAAGAAUUCCUACCACAUCAACAGCCACGGCCAAUUCCAAGUCUAUCAGGAUUUAAACGGCUUGCACCAACUUUCAGCAAACAAUGCCUGCCACAUCAACAGCAGCACCCAAUUUACAUUAGUCAUCCACUUGAAAAUCCGACGGAUCCCUUUUUUUGCAAGGUCUGCCAGGUGCCCUGCUCAAGUGCUGUCACUUACAAAUCGCACAUAAGAGGUUACAAGCAUAGGGCUAUAGUAGGAGAAUUGAAAUUUGGCAGGAAGGAUGGUGCUGAGGUAGCUGGGGUAAGGAGCGAGCGAAAGAAGUGUGAAUUUUGUAAUGUUUGGUGCAUGGAUGAUGAUGCACUCCAGCAACACUUAGAAGGUAAACAGCACAUGUCUAACCUACAAAAGUUGGAGCUUGCAAGGGAAGGUGGAGGGCAAAUUGUAAAGCAGAGUAAGUGGUGCAAGGUGUGUAAUAUUUGGUGCAUAGAUAAGUCUUCAUUUAAGAUGCAUCUCAAAGGCCAAAAGCAUCUCUCAAUACUCCAUGGUUUUCCUGGGAAUAGAGGGCCAUAGAGGAAGAGGCCAGGAGGGCUGAGGUGGCAAAGCUUGACUGGCAAGAACAAAAAACUACUAUAUAUUUUUGCACCACAUAAACACAGCUAGUGCAUGACUUUUCUAGUGGAGUUGCGAAUCAUUCAAAAAAUUGUAAAUUUUUAUGGGUUCAUGGUCGUUUGGUAGACUGCAAUGAAGUUCAAUGGCCUUUUGGAGGCAAUGCUUUCUUUAAAGGAAG